CUUUACUUUGAAGGUGGGCCUUUACGUGUACCAUUUGUUCAGGGUUGCGGUUCUUUCUGGGUAAUGUAGUGUAUAGUACAGCUCUUGUUGACAUACGAAUAUUUUAGUUCCUCUGCUAUUUUCGAGAUAAAGGUAUUCUUUUAGUCUUCGAUGGAAACCCCCCAAAUCAUGUAUGGAAAAACAAUAAUAGUGACUGGUGCCAACAGUGGAAUAGGGAAAGCCACAACAGUUGAACUAUUGAGACGCAGGGGUCGCGUUAUUAUGGCUUGCAGGGACAUGAUAAGGGCUGAACAAGCUGCACAGGAGAUACGAAUGGAGACAGGUCCAGAUUCGGGAGAACUCUUAUUGAAAUACCUGGACCUCGGAUCAUUAAAAUCCGUGCAGCGUUUCUGCGAAAACAUCAACCAGGAAGAACCCAGGUUGGACGUUCUGAUCAACAAUGCAGGAAUCUACCAGUGUCCUUACACUAAGACAGAGGAUGGGUUUGAGAUGCAGUUCGGAGUGAACCACCUUGGCCACUUCCUCCUCACCCACCUCCUCCUUGAUCUCCUAAAGCGCUCUGUCCCUAGCCGUGUGAUUGUGGUCUCCUCGAAACUCUACAAGUACGGCGAGAUAAAUUUUGAUGACCUGAACAGUGAACGGCACUAUGACAAGGCCUUCGCCUACAGCCGAAGCAAGCUGGCCAACCUGCUCUUUACCUGUGAGCUGGCCCGCCGCCUGGAGGGGACAGGGGUGGCGGUUAACGCUUUGACCCCAGGGAUGGUAAGGACCAACCUGGGAAGGCAUGUCAGCAUCCCGCCCCUGGCCAAGCCCUUCUGGGGUCUGGCCUCCCGGGUCUUCUUGAAGAACCCAGAGGAUGGGGCGCAGACCUCGGUCUACCUGGCUUGCUCACCUGACAUAGACAGGGCCCAGGGGAAGUACUUUUCAGACUGCCAGGAGCAGAAGCUGCUGCCCAAGGCUACGGACCAGGAGGUGGCCAGGAAACUGUGGGAUAUUAGUGAAGUCAUGGUGGGCAUCACAAUGUAAUGGAGAAUACAGCCAGUGUACUCCAGAAGACAGUGCUGCGUACCCCUCAUACUAUGUUGUAUAAUUUGAUAGCCUUGAAACGAUUAUCUCGUUCCUAAUAGGAUGUUUUGCCAUCUCCAGCGCAGCUAAAGGGAGGGUGAUUGCUACUGCUACAAUCUUAAACUGACUUAAUCUUAAACAAUCUUGAAAUCUUCAAUCCGUGUUGCACUUAAAUGACUGAAACACUAUUACAAUUUGAAAUUAUAUAUUUUUUAUAGUUGCAUUUAAAAACCACACAAGGUCUAAGCCUAGCCUACCCAUAUGGUUCUGUUGCCACUGUAGACCAAUGACAUGCUACCAUGUUUUCCAUCACUGUUUUGGAGAAUUGUUGACAUUCUCUUAAUCCAGUUCUAUCUAUGAAUUCAUUCUGACAUGUCAUUUUGUGAUAAGCUUAGUUCUAAUAUGAAAGAUGAUGACUUGUUAUCUGGUAUGAAUUAUGCCAUAAUGAACUUGUAUAAUGCAUAAUGAGCCUGUCGUAUAAAAGUAUUAUGCUUUAAUUAACUGCAAUCCGUCCCUCAUAAUGAAUACAGGGUAAGCAAACCUUUGUGAUAUGUACACUAAUUUUUCAAUGAUCCGUUAGAGUGAUUUUCAAACCUGUGAUGCAUUACUAACUUACCAUAAAUUAAUAAUUGUCUUUUGUUUUUAUUAUUUUUACAGCACCCAGGGGAGAUAUUAUUAUUUUUACAGCACCCAGGGGAGAUAUUACACAGAUUUUAAUGUGCAUCACCUUAAGUGUGUUUGUUAGUAGUUUCUAGUCAUUUGAAAUGGAAAGUUCUCUGACUUUCUCAAGGUGGAGUUUACACUGGACUGUUUUUUCAUUGUAGAAAUACAAGGUUACAUAAUUGUCCAUUCAUAAUUGAAUAAUGUGUAUGGACUGGUUUCAUUUACAGACUCACUUUUGAGAAAAAUAUUUCUUAAAUUUGUGUCGUUUAAGAGGUCAGUUAGGCCCUAAUCAGCCAUGCUGAUAGUCCUGCAUCCAGUUAUAAUGUAUAGUAAUUACUCAGGAAUGUUUUUUUCUCUCUUUAAAUGGUAGAUUAACCGUCUCCCCAAAUGAAAUGGUAGCAAAAGCCCCAGAUUUAUAAUGGAUUUCCCACCUGCAAUUUUCAUUAGGGGCAUUUUCUGGAUCAUUUAGAGGGAGCAGAGACAAGCCUCUAAACCAGUGGGAGAUCCGAGGGUGAGCAGUGUAUGUGAUCCAUCUUUCUCCUCACAGAGAAGGAGGUCUCCGGGUGUUUCUAAUUGGAAGCUGAAGCUUGUUUGUUUAACAAAUAAAGAAAAUUAGCCUAAUUUCAGAACAUGAGGCCGUUAAUGAUGCAUACUACAAUGGUGCCACAUAAGUGGACCAAUCCAAGCUGCCAAGUGUUGCAAUUCCUUAUUUUGUGACAUUGUGGGCUUUAAUGUAGCCAAACCUAAAGUUAGCCAAACUCCACUGCCAAUCACCACACACAAUCUCUUACUACUUAUUUUACUCCUAGUACAUGCAGGUUCCAGUCAGUCCAUCACGGGCCUAUGCUGACAUUAAUGUAACAUAUACAAAGUAAAUUGUUACUGUAAGUUUCAGUUGCCUAAGUCAUGUAAAGCCUGUAUUCCAGAGUUUGAUUGUUACAUUACUAACCCUAACGCUGUAUCAAGUGUGGUCAUGUGUACAUGUGCAAAACAGCAACUGUGGAGAGCUAUAGUAUGAGUUGUCCCAUUUCUUUUUUUUUUUACCUUUCUGGGGAGAAAUCCUGAAACUUAAAAGCACAAACUCGGAGUCAGUUCAUACUCCCAGAGUUGUAUCAUAUUCAGUUCCACCUCAUUAACACUGACUCAAUCAAGCAGAUUAAUACAGCCUAUUAGCAUUGACAGAAUGUGUCUCUUAGUUACUUAAAAUGACUGCUAUUGCAUUA